AUCGACAAUAUAUGCGCUCAACCAAUGCAGAUGUUGGUGUUAUGAUAACGACGUCUGCGGGCCUCAAUUACCUGAGAAGAUUGAAUCAACCUCGGAAGACGGGAUUGCCUAAACUUCUAGCUGACCCCUCUAAGCUUAAGGAUUCAAGAUUUGGUAGCCUGCUGCUGUGUUACCCUUCGUCAGGAUCAGCCAUUUAAACUUAUCGUUCUCUGGGGAAAUAUCGUCAUCGCCGUCAUCAUUAUGGACGUCGCAAACUCAAAUAACUCAAACAACCCAAGUAAGGUUGGAAAGUUCAAGCUGGCCGCAAAACGAUGGAAGAAACAACCUUCGAAGGAAAGUUUUGGAUCGGCGGCUAGUAGCGAGGACAUGCCUCGUGGUAGAAGUCCAGAUAGUCGUGGUCGAGACCGUGACCAUUUUCACGGCGGGUCUUUUUCUACCACGCAAUCCACGCAAUCUAACGAGAUGGCCGAAGACGAUCGCGAUGGAAAGGAGGAGCCCGAUCCCGAGGAGAGUCCCGAAGUCUAUCAUUCGGAAAAAGAAGACUUACAUUUAACUGCCAACAGCGACGUUAUUGACCAUUAUCAUAGGUCGUCGGUACGGCCCACCGUACCCUCAACGCAUCCUUCCCAGAUUGGCCAGUUGACAACGUCGUCGCCCAUUAUCCAAGCAGACCACCUACCAGAGGCCCAGAAUUUGGACAACUUGGACCCGAACGGUCGAAACGGUCUAUCACGAUCAGCGACCCACGCCCCUUUUAGCAUCCCCUCCAACGAAUCAACUCGCCAAUCAUCACCUACCAAGGCCAGUCUACAGCCACCCCAGAAUCCCUCUUCGAAUCGGUCGAAAUCGCCUUCUAGUAAGAUCAGGAACGCUUUCAGGAGCAAGAGGAGCGCGAGUAACCUCCAGGCUCUGGGCAAUAACGGCAGCCAGCCUGAUAUUACCAUUGCCGAUCCUGAAUUGGCGAACGCGUCAUCCCAAAGGUCGACCGCCGCCGGUUCGGCUUCUCGUCCGAGUACCGCAUCCCAAUCCGAUGCAAAUGGUACUACUAAGAUAACACCUUCCGAACUCCCACGUCGACGUAAGAGCCCGGCGCCUAUCGACACUUCCCGGCGUCCUCGUACGCCGCCGCCGUCCGACCCGAGCGCUCCCGUUAUCGUUAAUACCCCGCCGACACCGACCGACUCGCAUCAUUCACACCGCUCUCGGGGAAGCUCGUCAGCAAGCACGGGCCCUAACCCAAAUGUGGUUGUGUCGCCUUCGGGUAUUAUGAUAUCGCACCGACGAACGAGAUCUGGAUCUGGAACUAGCAUUGGCCCAAGCAAGUUGUCUAAUAUAACCUUGGCUCCGCUCACACCAACCCCCGAGGACGCUGUCCCACAAACCCCCGGAGGCAGCUUUUUCUCUUCUAUGCUCUCUGCUGCACAAAACGCCGCCACCAGUCUUAGUACUGCCGUCACCAACACUAAUAUCCCAGGUGGAAAUAAACCUAAAUCGAACAUCCCUAGAGAGACCCAGCCGGGCGACGACGACGAUAAGGUGGAAGUCGAACCUUCUGUUGAACAGUCGGAAGAUACCAUGGGCGACAAGGAACCGGCCGUUAGGACCCUUGGUAAGGGCGAUCUCAGCUUAAGCCAGCUGGGUAUAUCCGAACCUGGAAGUACCGCACCUACUCCGACCGCUGCGAAGUUCUCCGAUUCGACGACUGACCACCGAGCACGUUCCGAGUCGGCGCCCGUGGAUACCGUAAAUGCUUCUGCCGAAGAUGGCCGCUUUGACGAUCUCGCCGUAAAGGCGCCCCAGACCACUUGGGAGACAGCAGGUACGACACCACCAACCAGUUUAUACGAAGGAAAGACCGGAGGCCUACAACGGACCGGCAGCAUCAGGAGUGCUCUCAGUAAAAGGCGGAAACGCGGUAGUACCGGCGGGACUGCUGGUACAGGCACUACGAUCGGUGCGGCUAUUGCGGCAGCUAAUGCCUCUGUAGCUCACCCUUCUGCCACCGGCAGCGUUCCGAAGCUUACCGGGUUUGCUGUAGCGAGUAAGAAACGCAAUCGAGAUUUCCACGCCUUGUUCAAGAGUGUACCCGACGACGACUACCUUAUCGAAGAUUAUAGUUGCGCCCUGCAACGCGAGAUCCUGGCUCACGGCAGACUCUACGUUUCGGAAGGCCACCUAUGUUUCAGCAGCAACAUUUUCGGAUGGGUAACGACCCUGGUUAUGAGCUUUGACGAGAUAGUGUCCGUUGAAAAGAGGAGCACGGCUUUAGUCUUCAAGAACGGUCUCAUGAUCACGACGCUCCAUGCGAAGCACGUGUUCGCUAGUUUUGCUAGUCGAGACUCGACUUACGACUUAAUCGUUAAUAUAUGGAAACUAGGACACCCUUCCCUACAAAGCUCGUUGAAUGGCGUUUCGUUGGAGGGUACAGGUGGCGAUAAAACCGAGAAGGUCGAGGAUGCCGAUGCCGUAACCGGAAGUCAAAGUGCCACAGCAUCCGAGGACGAAGAAAGCGAGGACGGAGACGACGUCUACGACGAGGACCAGGAAGACGACGACGCACCCGAGAUAACACAGACGACCGAACCGAGCCCGGCCGAUACGGAUGGUGAGAAGGCUGGUACGAGAAAGGUAUCUGGUGCGCUUGCUACUAACGGCGCGGUCGAGAAGACGGACUUCGCACCUGCGACCCCUGGCGUAACUGACUUCCCCGGACCUGCUACUCACGCACCGACAGACUGCGGGGAUGCGGAUACUCAUUACGAUAUUGCUGUUGGCGAUGAUAUUGUCGCCGCCCCGCUAGGAAAGGUGUACAAUCUCCUCUUUGGACCAGCAUCCGUCUCGUGGAUGGGGAAGUGGUUGACCAACGAACAAAAAUGCACCGACCUGCAAAUGGAAGACAAGAAGGGUUUAACCCAAGAUAACAAGAGCCGAAGCUUUACCUAUAUCAAGCCUUUAUACGCUUCCAUAGGGCCCAAGCAGACUAAAUGUUUAGUGACCGAGACGCUAGAGAACCUGGAUCUCGAGAAGAGUGUCAAUGUGGUAGUUGUUACGCAGAACCCAGACGUGCCUAGUGGGAACGUAUUCUGCGUUAAGACGAAAUACUGCUUGUUCUGGGCCGAAAAUAAUGCGACUCAUGUUACGAUCAACGCUACAAUAGAAUGGAGUGGCAAGAGUUGGCUAAAAGGACCUAUCGAAAAGGGCGCCAAAGACGGCCAGACACAGUACUGCAAAGAUAUCUUCGCUAGCUUAAAAGCAGCAGUUUCUUCUGGUUCUCGAUCUGCCGGACUUAAUGGGGCGGCAAAGGGAAAGAAGAAACGAACCAAAGGCAAGCUGCAUCAAGCUUCUAAGGAAAGCCUGGGCGGCCCCUCUGCUUUAACGACGUCGAAAUCCGAAGAUUGGGGUCUGCUUGAGCCACUCCACGGUCUCUUGGGUCCGAUUGUGGAUAUUAUUAGACCCGUUCUUACCGGCAAUGUUGUGUAUGGACUACUUGUCGGGUUAUUAGUAGCGACGUGGUUCGGGUUUGGGUUUAACGGCCAACCGAGAGUGACGCCGUACGGGCGUGAGCUAGGUUUUAUAGGAUAUCCGGAACGGGCCGUCGCCUAUGAGGAGAUAUGGAGACGUGAAGAGAGCGAUCUCUGGGACUGGUUAGAAGAGAGGGUGGGCCUACAUCGCAUGAAUGAUGGAGUCGUGCCUAUUCGUAAGCGGGUGAUGGAACCGAGAUCAGUUGAAGAGAAGUUGCGCGAGGAACGGAUGAACGAGCGAGAAGUUGAGGAGGCUAUAAGGGUAACAGAAGAAAAGCUGCAAGUUUUAAAAUCCGUCAUGGACCGGAAGAAGUCCCCCUCGAAAUCCGCUGGACAAGGAAGACCGACCACUAAAGUACCAGUAACGAAGAGGUAGCGAUGAGGGAAAGCAAAGGAAUGCAAGGGGUGGAAAGGGAAUAGGAAGAGUUUAUACACCACACCACACAUCGACAUUACACAUCGACAUCACACAUACAGCACACCAGAGCUGCGACAGCCUAACACAUAUCCCAUUUGUCAGCAACCUUGGAAUCAACGACGCCACGACGAAGCACUGGAGGUCUGUUUUUUUAUCGUUGUAAAACUUAUAGCCUGUACUGCAUAUCGAAAAGUAUGUUAUAGAUAUAUUUUUCUUUCGGUUUCGUCUCAGUGCCCCCGGGAUUACCGGGACACGGCCGAGCCAGUUACUGGGUAGCUACCUUUCUAGAAUCUAGGUAUCUUGUAAUAUAAGGGACAGAACAGAUUUGCCUUGGCCAUCUUGAUUAAUACAGUGGUAUGGUG